ACCGUACGUACUAUAUACUGCGAGACAAAAGACACGUAGCAGCCCCACCACCUUUAAUUUCUUUUGUUCCUGUCCACCCGGUUAGUUCCAUCACUGGUCUACCACCACGUUAUUCCACGCGCACACACACACCGUUAAUAUCCAACAAGCUUACGGUGUAGUGGGCGUGAGACCAAUAAUCAUGGAUAUAGUACAGGACUACCUCAGACAGGGCUACGAUUACUACCUAUGGACGCUGUCGUUUUCUGAUAAGCGUGUGGAACGAUGGGGCUUGAUGAGCUCUCCUCUCUACACGGCGGCGCUCACGCUCGCCUACCUGUUCCUCGUCUGGGCGGGGCCGCGCUUCAUGCAGCGGCGGCGCCCCCUACAGCUGCGGGCCGUCCUCGUCGGCUACAACUUUGCGAUGAUGCUGCUCAACCUUUAUGUGAUGGUCGAGGUGUUGGAUGCUUCCACACGCCUUGGCUACAGCUACAUCUGCCAGCCAGUGAACUAUUCAAAGAAUUACCACGAAAUGAAGAUUGCCAGAGCCCUCUGGUGGUACUACAUCUCGAAGGGCAUUGAGUUUUUCGACACCUUCUUCUUCAUCCUGCGUAAGAAGAACAGUCAAAUCACCUUUCUUCAUGUUUACCACCACUCUACGAUGUUCUGUCUCUGGUGGAUCGGGAUCAAGUGGGUCGCGGGUGGAUCCGCAUUCUACGGAGCUAUGGUGAACUCGUUCAUACACGUGCUCAUGUAUAGCUACUACUGCCUCGCUGCUCUCGGUCCAUCCUUCCAGCGCUUCCUCUGGUGGAAAAAGUACCUCACCAUACUGCAGCUGGUGCAGUUCUGCAUGGGCAUCGGUCACGGAUUUAUCGGCCUCUACGUGCAUUGUCCGUUCCCGAAGUGGAUGCAUUACACGCUCAUAUGCUACGCCUUCUCCUUCAUCGUGCUGUUCGGGAACUUCUACCGCCACACCUACCGCGCGCGCAAUGGCGCCAAGAAGCCGCAGGAGAGCGAGAGCAGUGCGAACGGAACGGUCUGCAAUGGCCACCUGGCGAAGGAUUCACGCAUCAGCAACGGUAUCACUUCGAGCUCGACGACGGAGAUUCGAAGCGCCACCAACGGCGUCAGUCUAGCCAAGAAUGCGCAGGGUUGGCCACUCCGCAGGAAGGGCAGGCGGGAGAAUUAGACUGCCACCUGCUGCUCGCAGACGCACCCGCAGCCAGGGUCCACUCGCCUCGCGGCGUCCAUCUAUUUAUCCGCUGUACAUCCGGUGGAGGUGUACGUCCCCUCUGAAGCGUUUGUGCCCCACCCUCCUACACACACACAUGCACACGUGCCUCUGGUUCCAUGUAGAAGUAAGUAUUGCUGUGUGAGCGUGAGACAAUUGUUGGGCGACAAUAUUUAGCUGUGAGCACAUAUGGAUGCAGGUAUGCAUACACACGUAUGUAUGUACGCAUGCAGGCGCUCAUGCACGCACACAUACAUAUGUAUGCACUCGC